AUGCCACCACCAGCCCCAGUCCCCGUCCUCACCUUCGAGCAAGACCAGCCCAUCUCCAACGUCUCCGUCAGCCUCGACGCCAUAAUCCUGCACUCCUGGCGCGACAACUCCAACUUCGGCACCCUGGACCCCUCGCACCCCUACUUCGCCAUGGAACUGCAAAUCUGCUGCUGGAACUCCAAGUCCGCGUCCGCGUCCGUGUCCACCAACAACCACAUCCUGGCGCGCUACACCGGCGCCAAGCUCAAGAAAGACGCCCUGUAUCAGCUCCAGGGUAGGUUCUUCAUCGAUACGAGCCAGGAGGGGGGGGAAUCGUAUCUGCAUAUCGACGAGGCGAUCCGGUUCCAGGGGCCGGGCACGAUUCGGAGUUUUAGGACGCCGAGUUUCUUGCUGGUCGGGGAGGUGGUGAGGGUGUUGGAGAGGGAGAGGGCGUUGGUUGUGAGCUGGGUGACGAGGGAUCCGUAUAGGAGGGAUAUGGUGUAUGAGCAGAGUGCGGUGGUGGGGCUGGAGAAGGAGUUGGAUGAGGAGGAGGCGGGGCAGUUGGUUGGGGAGCUGUGUUGUGUGGAGGGGAGGAUGGAGGGGCUGGAUCAUAGGAGGAAUGAUUGGGUUUGUGUUGGGGUUAGGUUGUGCUAG